AUGUAUUUGAAGUUAAGCAUUACAACAUGUUCCAUCUUCAUGUUAUUGGCUUCAUCUGUUUCUGCUAUACCGAAGAUGUUUGAUAUAAUAGCAUAUGGUGGAGUCCCCAAUGAAGAUAUAACCCAAGCUUUUACAAAUGCUUGGUAUGAUGCAUGCGCAUGCAAUGUUAGCAGCAAAGUAAUGGUUCCAAGAGGGACGUUUAAGAUGCCGAAUACUGUGACUUUCAGUGGACCAUGCAAAGCUCCGAUUGAAGUAAAAGUUGAUGGAACAAUCCAAGGAAUAAUAAAUCCUAGUACCCUCAAACAGGAAGGAAGUUGGGUUAACUUUGAAUACAUCAACUUCUUCACCUUAUCAGGCUCUGGAAUCUUUGAUGGUCUAGGAGUUAGUAAUCCUUGGAAGCAAGAUGAUUUUGAUGCCUUCACAGUGAGUGCACCAGGAGAAAGUGUCAACACUGAUGGACUUCACAUCUCAAAAUCCACCAAUGUCAAUGUUAUAAACUCUAGAAUUGGUACGGGAGAUGAUUGUGUCUCACUGGGUGAUGGAAACACACAAAUAACCGUGCAAAAUGUGAAUUGUGGACCUGGUCAUGGCUUUAGUGUUGGAAGCCUUGGAGGGAAGAAAAAUGAACAGCCUGUAACUGGCUUCACUGUCAGGAAUUGCACAAUUAACAGCACAUCCAAUGGUCUUAGGGUUAAGACUUGGGCUGAUGCACCAGGAAAUAUUUCAAUCUCCAAUCUACUUUUUGAGGACAUCACAAUGAUUAAUGUAAAGACUCCAAUUCUCAUUGAUCAAGAGUAUUGUCCAUCAAAGAAAUGUGGCAACAAGGAGCCAUCAAAGAUACAAAUAAGCGAUGUGACAUUCAGGAAUAUUAAAGGCACUGCAACAUUGAACUAUGGGCAUUCAAUUGUUUUGAAUUGUAGUAAAGAGAAGCCAUGCAAAAAUGUGCGGUUCGACAACGUUGAUAUUAAAUAUAACAAUGGAUCUAUGCCAUUAGCAACAUGUGUUAAUGUUGACCCUAUCGAAGUUGGACUGAUGUCUCCUUCUUGCAAACCUUAG